AUGAAUACCAACGCUCGUCGACGAGGUGCAAAGGUCGCUCCAUCCCACUAUCCACGCGUAGCAUUCCAUGGGUUACGUUUUGCACAAUUAAUUUCAGCCGCGAUUGUGGGAGGAAUUAUGGCAUAUUUUAUGUAUUACCUGCGUGCUGAGCGAUUCCCCAUCCCAUGGACUUUCAUUGUGCUACUUUCGAUAUCGCUCGCAACGGUCGCAGUCCUGACGCUUACGAUCAUUCUCUACAAUUUCACAUAUUUGUCGCCCAAAUUCAAUUGUUUGCUUAAUGGUACGGCGUCGAUUUUUUGGAUGUUGGGUUUUGCAUUGUUGAGUUGGAGUCUCAGUAAUACAUUGCGGAAGAGUUGUGAUGUGCAGACUUGGAGAAGCAGCACAGCAGUCGGUGUCUGUAGGGAAUAUAAGAGUCUAUGGACAUUUACGUUGAUUGGUAUGUUAUCUACGUUGGCCGCGCUGGGUUUGGAUAUUUGGACACAUGUGAAGACUAUAGAAAGAGGGAUCUAUGUCAUGCCUGAGGAUGAUAAGAAUGCGGCGAUAUUGAAGGAGAUGAAUGGUGGAAACAGUAAGGCUAAAGGAUAUGAACCCAGUCGCGGAGGAGCUUUCGAGGAGGAACUCGAUAUUGCUUACCAUAAUCGUUAUGGCGAUGAUGCGUUGGAAAGCGUGGGCUAUCAUGACAGAGUACUUGACAAAUAG